AAGGAGGCAGUGAGAGCACAGAGCCAGGCACUGGGGACCGGGUGUGACCACUUAAGGGACACCGCCCACCCCCACGGCCCUCUGUGCCCCCAUAGGGCACCACCCAAAGUCAUGGAAUUGGGAUGAGCUCAGCCCAAGUGCCCCCAGCAGCAUCCUUGUGUUGGGGGACACAUGGCACCGUAGGAUGCCAUCCAUCAUGCCAACACAUGGCACUAUGAUGCCCAACACGUGGUACCACAAUGCCCAACACACGGUGCUGGAGGUCCCCAUGCUGCAGUACCCAAAAUAUGGCACUGUGAUGCUCAACACAUGGCACUGGAGGUCCCCAUAUUGUGAUGCCCAACACAUGGCACUGCGAUGCUCAACACAUGGCACUGGAGGUCUCCAUAUUACAAUGCUCAACACAUGGCACUGGAAGUCCCCAUAUCGUGAUGCCCAACACACAGCACUGGAGGACCUGAUCCCACAGUGCCCAACACAUGGCACUGCAGUGCCCAAAACACACCAAUGAAGGUUCCCAUCCCACAGUGCCCAACACAUGACACCACGAUGCCCAACACUGCCCUGGAGGCCCCCUCAAUGCAAUGCCCAACACAUGGCAAGAUGAUGACGAUGCCCAAUGCGCAACUCUGUCCCACCGCAGACGCAGGGCUGCGUGACCCCGAGCCACAGCCAUGGGGGGGAUUUGGGGCCGUAGGACAGAUGGAGGCCAAGGGCCCCAAAGCAGGAUAAAGGGUUUAAGCUAAUCAAAAUGCCUGGCUAAUUGUAAGGCGCUUAGGGGCUGGCCGGGAGGCGGCGCGCCGGGAGGUGACCCGCUGCUGAAUCAGAGAGGCUGGUAACCUUAGCCUGCAGGGAACGGAUCCGUGCGCCCAGAUCGGGUUCCCACCCAAGUUUUCCACCCACGGCUCCGCGGUGGGACGCCGAGAGCCGGAGCUGUGCACACACGGGGCUGCCCGGUGCCGGGCAUCGAGCCGCUGUAGGGCUGUAGGACGUGGGGCAGUGGGUUACCCAGCAGCAAUCUGGCCGGGCUCCGUAAUCCCACCUGCCCCUAAUUGGGCGUCCCCCCCCGCCACGCCGUGCCGUGCAGUGCCGAGCCGUGCCACGGGGCCAUUGCGGCAGCGGCGCCCGGCAGCGCAGACGUCCCCGCAGCCCCCUGGGGCCGCCCCCCCCCCAGCAGAGGCGGAAGAUGCCAACAAAUGGGAUCCACCAGGUCCUGAAGAUCCAGUUCGGGCUGAUCAACUGCGAGAGCCGCUACCUGACGGCGGAGAGCUUCGGCUACAAGGUGAACGCCUCGGCGCCCAGCCUGAAGCGCAAGCAGAUAUGGACGCUGGAGCAGGACGAGGCCGACAGCUCCGUCGUCUUCCUCAAGAGCCACCUGGGCCGCUACCUGGGGGCCGACAAGGACGGGCAGGUGCGCUGCGAGGCCGAGCAGCCGGGCCGCGAUGAGCGCUUCAGCAUCAUCACGCAGUCGGACGGGCGCUGGGCGCUGCAGUCGGCGCCGCACCGGCGUUUCUUCGGCGGCCGCGAGGACCGGCUGUCCUGCUUCGCUCCCAGCAUCACCGAGGGCGAGCUGUGGACCGUGCACCUGGCCAUGCACCCGCAGGCCAACCUGCUGAGCGUCAGCCGCCGCCGCUACGCACACCUGAGCGCCCACGAGGACGAGAUCGCCACCGACAGCAACCUGCCCUGGGGGGUGGACGCGCUCAUCACGCUCUGCUUCCAGGACAAGAAGUACAGCCUGCGCACGGCCGACGAGCGCUACCUGCGCUGCGAUGGCAUCCUGGUGCCCGAGCCCGGCGCCCGCACCGGAUACACGCUGGAGUUCAAGGCGGGCAAGCUGGCCUUCAAGGACUGCGAUGGGAAAUACCUGGCGCCCACCGGGCCCACCGGAACGCUCAAAUCCGGGCGCAGCUCCAAGCCGGGCAAGGACGAACUCUUCGAUCUGGAAGAAAGUCACCCCCAGGUGGUUUUCACGGCAGCCAACGGCAGAUUCGUCUCCAUCCGGCAGGGCGUCAACGUGUCGGCCAACCAGGAUGAGGAGCUGAACCACGAGACCUUUCAGCUGCAGAUCGACCGUGACACCAAGAAGUGCAGCCUGCACACCAAUGCUGGCAGCUACUGGACCCUGGUGGCCCACGGGGGCAUCCAGGCCGUGGCUACCGAAGUUGCUGCCAACACCAUGUUUGACAUCGAGUGGCGCGGGCGGCGCGUGGCCCUGCGUGCCAGCAAUGGCCGCUAUGUGUGCACCAAGAGGAACGGGCAGCUGGCGGCCGUCAGCGACGCGGUGGGUGAGUGCAAAACCGGGGCUGGAGGUGGGGGCCGAUGGGGACAGUGCCCUCCCAGCCCCGCUCAGCCCCGUCCCCGUUGCAGGGGAGGACGAGGAGUUCACCCUGAAGCUGAUCAACCGGCCCAUGCUGGUGCUGCGGGGCGAGCACGGCUUCGUCUGCUACCACCGAGGCUCCAACCUGCUCGACUCCAACCGCUCCGUCUACGACGUCUUCCACGUGGGCUUCAGCGACGGCGCCUACCAGAUCCGAGGUGCGUGGCGGUGCGGGGGGAUGCGGGGCCGCCCACUGCCCCGCUGACGGCCCCCCCGCGCUCUUUGCAGGUCAGGGGGGGAAGUUCUGGUACGUGGCGAGCAGCGGGGCAGUCUGCAGCGACGGGGACCUGUCUGAGGAUUUCUUCUUCGAGUUUCGGGAGCGCGGGCGCGUUGCCAUCAAAGGGAAGAACGGGCGGUACCUGCGCGGGGACCCGGCCGGCACCCUGCGGGCCGACAGCGAGUCGGUGCUGCGGGCCACGCUCUGGGAGUACUGAGCCCGGGGACGGGGGGACCCGGUGGCACCGACGGCAGCAGCCGCGUCCCCGACCCUCCCCAACUCGUGUCAUUAAAGUGCGUCUGGAUUGCAGCAAGGCACGGCCUUUUCCUUCGCAGCCAGGGCACGGUGGGUCAGGAUCUUGCCUUCAUCUCCUCCCCGUGGCCCCAUAACCCCGAAUGGAGUGCGUGGAUGCUGUGCAGAAGGGCACAGGGACACGGGCUCGCUGCCAGGGGGUGGCAGCAGGGCACGGAGAUGCCACGUGCUGGGGACAGAGCAGCUCCGCGCUCGCUGUGCCACGGGGUGGCAGAGCGCUGCGGUGCCCCUCUGGGUGCCCGCAGGGAUACGGGUGCUGUGGGGGCUGGGGAGGGGGCUGCAGCCCCUCAGGCGGCGCC